AUCACAGAUCUGACGGCUGCAUUCUUUUAUAACCAUGGCAACGCGAGACGGCAUCACGCGUGGCACUGGCUCCUUCACAAACGCCCUUCACGAGAACCCAUACCUGACCAUAGUGAUUCUAGUAGCCGGAGUAGCCGGGGGUCUGGCAUUGGUCAUCGCUGUCAUCUUCUUCUGCAAAUACUGCGUCAAAGGCAAGAGAGGUCUCAACAGAACACCAGCGUUUUUUAAUCGUCUCCCCUCCGAGGUGGAAGCUGAGAGAGCAAGAAGGAGAAGACUGAUUUUAGAAGCAGCAGCACAGAGCAGAACAGAGCAAAAAGCUUUCAUCACAGUCGAUGGAUCACCCGAUAGGUUACUCCGUGAAGAUGGAGCGGCUAACGGAGACGGUGAAACAUCUGAAAAACUCGUCGAAGAUGAAGGAGAAAAUCGUUGGAGCCCACCAGCUUACAUACCCCCUACCUGUACCCUUGGUGAGAUUACAGAGUGCGAUAGUGAGAAUCUAGAGGGUAUGGAAACACCCCGUACACCAUGCUCGAAUCAUACAUCGAGGAGUAGAGAAGUUUCCUUCUCAAUCUCAGACAGAGAUAACAGAUAUUGCGAUCAUAACGGUGACGUAUCGGACAACGCUCAGGUUGUGAUCAGACGUCACGGUGACGUCAGUCCUUUGCAUCCACCUCCCGUCGAUGAGUUUGAGCGUGUAGGUCGAUACCGAGGAAAGUCACCUAGGACUAUGCUCAAUCCAGGAGAGGUUGUCAAGAGCGAAGGAACCAAGACUGGUGACUCCCUUACAGUUCAUGUCCAAGUCCAUAACCAUCCUGUCAAUGAUCAUGCAGCCAAAUCACCCGAUUUCAAGAACAGCAAAGGUGACGUCAGCCAAAUACGACAUAUUGAUGAAAGGCAGAGGAGCCCUAUUAGGGAGGGUGGAGGAAAGAGAGAACGCGACAGAAGCGCAGAUGACAAAGUGCCUAUCAAGGGAGAUCGUUCACCGUCUCGAACGAGACGAAAAGACACACCAGAUACUGAAAGACAUCCGCACCCUCCUCCUGAGCGAAAGGAACCCACCAUGCACGGUCCAAGGGAAGAUGGUAAGAACCAGACCGUGCGAGCGAGUGAAUACAAGGACCUUUGGCAGCUGAGGUCAACGCUCGAGAUGCAGCAUUCGUCUGAAGAAUCAGGAUCGUCUGAGUAUGAUCCAACUGUGAUAGGAGCGACCGUGGAAGAAAAUAUGCUACCUCCUCUCCUGCGGAGUCCAACUCUGGAGGAAGAGAGUAGUGGACAGGAGAAGAGUGAUGGGAAGAGUGGUAUUGAUGAUAGCUUUGAGCAAGCUGUGAGUAGUAUUAGCGCGGAGGAGUCGGACAUAUCUGAGCGAGAUCGGGACAGUGGUGGUUCGGGGAAAGAUGGUCCGAGGAAUCUUCGCAGAAUGCAUGGUGACAGCGGCUAUGCAUCCAUUGAACAAAAGACAGAGACUGAAUGGAAACGACGUCAAAUGUUCGCAGCCAGUGAUCACGAAAGCACGAGCUUUGAAAGUGCACAGACCUUUACCAUGUCAAGUGAUAGUAGUAGUCCGACAGUAGACAAGCCUGUGGUGAAUGCUGUCGUAGGGCGAGCAAGUGAAGACAGCAAGCCCAUGACACUUUCAGCUUUCCUGAAGAAGAAACUGAAACGUCUGGAACUGAAUCCACUGUUACAACUGGGAAAGAGAGUGAUCAAACGUUAA